AUGACCAUCAUAUACCUCGUACCUCAUCCCUCAGCGCAAUUGCUGCACAUUCCAGUCUCCGUUGAUAUCUCGAGAAGCCCAGCAUUCCUCUUGGGUAAGAUGGGUGUCGAGCCUCCCUUCAUCUAUGACCGGCCUAGCACCUACACCUUCGGAGGUCCAACCCAGCGGGGGUUCAACCCGAAAGCGGCCACUCAGGCAUCAUGGGCUCCAAAGCCAGCCAAACCGAAACAAGAAGGGCCCUUGAUUGACUUCAACAAGCACCCUGACACGUUUGUGGCUGUUCCUUACGGCAACCUCAAUGCGGAACCCAUGCCUCCGAACACUGAACGACGAGUGACCAGAAGCCGUCAAAUCCUUCUGUUCGUGCGAAUCUGCAGCUUGCUGGGAGCCUUGGGCAACCUAUUCUGUGUCAUCGCCGUCAAAAAAGUCGCGACUGAGGUUGGCUGGAUCAUUCGAGCUGCGCCUGCAGUAGCUGUUGUCCACACUCUUUACGGAAUAUACCAUCUUUUCAAAGCUGCCGCUGGCAGAACACCUGGGUCCACCGCAAGCUACAUGGUCUUUGCAGGUGUGGUCGAUACUGGCUUGAUUCCAUUCUUCGUUUUCUCAGCGUGGUUGGCACAUGCAGAGUAUGCAGAAAACAAGUAUGGUUGGGGUACACUGUUCAACGAUCCCGACAUCUCGUACAAGAUCAUCUUUGCUCUGUUCCUCCUAUCAUGCAUUGAAACCGGCCUCACGGUGAUGUCCCUGAUUUUCGACAUAUAUUUGGGAGUGAAAUUCCGCCAGAUUGCCAGACUUCCUCCCGACCUCAAUCCCUUGGAACCGAACUUUACUUCGCGCCACAAACGGAACAAGUCCGAAGGCAUCACCGAGAAGAAUAUGAGAACGUCAGAACUGGCGUCCAGACGAGAACCGCAGGGUACUGGGUUCAAACGAGUUCCGUUCAUCCACACGCGUACGGACUCGGCAGACAGCGUAACACUGUAUGGUAGCGAAGCUGCACGGACAUCCAGAAUUGGACUGAGGAAAGAAUUCGAGGACAACGAGAAGGAUCCCUGGCGUUGGUCGAGAACAUCGUCUCCUACACGACCUAGUUCUGCAGUCAGCCCAUCACCCAAUUCACGUGCCGCUGGGGCGGGUCUGGAAUACCGCCCCGAGCGUUCUUCCGGCCUAUCUCAGCCGACAAGUCGUCCAGCUUCCUGGCUUUCGUAUCUCGACUAUGAAGGUGUGCCUAACCACAUGAGCGAUGAAGCUACUAAUGAACUCGACCACGAGGUUCGCCCUGUUUCUCCCGUCUCGGCUCUCUCGAUGCAUGAUACCUCUCAUGUCAACAUGAGCAACGAACGGGAGAAUUGGUACCAAGGCUCCGGACACAACAGUCAAGCACAAGCAGUAUUGUCACAUAACGGGGGCCAAGUAUUGACGCAACACACCAAUGCUAGCAGAAGUAGAAUAAGUCAACUCUUGCAGACACAGUCUCCACCACAGCCAAAGAGAAGUCGUGAGCCUCUUGCAAUGAACCCACCAUCACCUGUGAGAGGGCAGUUUGUCAAUGAAAACAUAUACUCGACGGGGUUGCAUAAGGUCCAAGCUUCAGAAUACCCUCCUCGAGGGGUGCUUUCCGAAACCGAUCUCAACGGUGAAACUCGAGGCAAUGGAGGACCCAGACCAGCGAGCAUUGUGGGAAGCGCCUCAAAGGCUCGUUCCUAUGGAGACCUUCAGUCACCCGCUGGUGUGGUGACACCGCACGGUGACAAGAAGGAUGGCAACCUGGCUCUCCACCGAGUCGAGGAUCCCUACGAACGCACCAAAACCAUGCAGAGCGAAAGCGAGUAUAGCACCAACUUCGAAGUCUAUACUGAUGACCAUGACGACGAUGGAAGACUUUCUGCCCAUAUCGGUGGUGGUGCGCCGCAGGGUCCGUGGAAUGGCGUUCGACAAGCUUCCAACUCUACUGGACACGACCUGAACGGAGGGUAUGCAGAACUGGGCUCCGAAUUUGGUGUGGGCAUGGGCCGACGACGUGAUGUUAGUGGAAAGGUGGCCGAGGAAGGUCGGUCCUCGCCCUCUAAGAAUCAGAAGACCAAGAAUGGCGCAGCAGGCUGGGAGAGAUUCAAAGGGUUGUAA